AUGGCAAAGCCGCGCCACAGGAUCCAAGCCCUCACGCUCGACGACGUGCCCGCCGUGGCCCAGCUGUGCGGCGAUGCCUUCGAGACGGACCGGCAGACCGAGAUGAAGGGCCUCGGCAAGGAGCCCUUUGACAUGAAAAAGUACACCCUCGAGAGCCUGCCCGGCCUGCUAAAGAACCCGCGCAUCGUCGUGCUCAAGGUCGUGGACGACGAGUCGGGCGACGUCAUGGGCUACUGCACCUGGGGGUUCCGCGGCUUUCCCCCGGACGACAUGCCCGUCCUCGAGGGCCGUACGCAGCCGCCAGCCAACCCUCCCGCCCCGGCGGCGAGCGGCGAUAACAACAACAAGGAGUCUGUGCAAAAGGACGAACCGAAGCCGGAGCCGGAGCCGGAAACGGACCCCAUCAAGCGCCUCGAGGCCCUCACCAACGCCGACAUGAACGCCUGGAUGGACGAGGUCAUGCCCGAGGGCACGCGCUGCAUCUUCGUCGUCGGCCUGUCCGUGUCGCCCAAGUACCAGGGCCGCGGCGUCGGCUCGGCACUCUUGAGCUGGGGCACCAACUUUUGCGACGAGAAAGGAGUCUUUGCCUGGGUGCACUCUUCGGAGCCGGCGUGGAAGAUGUACGAGAAGUCGGGCUUCCGCGUCAUUCGCUCACUGGACGUCGAUCUGGACGAGUACGCGCCGAUGCCGCCGCCAAAUGAAGGACCUGACGCGAAAUGGGGGCAUUACGUGUUUCGAUACAUGAAGUAUUUCCCGAAGAGUUGA